CCCGGAUGGCUCCGCCCUCCUCCACCGUCACAUGCGGUGGCAGAAAACCAGCUCACUCCCUUCACACUGCACUCCAGACCAGCCCCAGCAGCCGCGUGAAGACCUCAAGCGAACUGGAACAUGCCUGCGAUUCUGGCUUACUGGGACAUCCGCGGGCUGGCGCAGCCCAUCCGCCUGCUGCUGGAGUACGCUGGAGUGGAGUACGAGGACAAGUACUACGUAUGUGGCGAUGGACCAACCUUUGACAAGAGCUGCUGGAUCAAGGAGAAAGAGCAGCUUGGACUGGACUUCCCAAACCUGCCGUACCUGAUCGAUGGAGACGUGAAGAUCACGCAGAGCAACGCCAUCAUGAGAUACGUCGCUCGCAAGGCAAACCUGUGUGGGGCCACUGAAGAGGAGCAGGCGCGCGUGGACGUGAUGGAGAACCAGGCCAUGGACUUCAGGAACGGCUUUGUGAGGAUCUGCUACAGCCAGGACUGUGACAAACUGAAGGCUUGCUACCUGGAGAACCUGCAGGGAACACUCCAGCGUUUCUCCAACUUCCUGGGGGACAGGAAGUGGUUUGCAGGAGACAACAUCACGUUCGUGGACUUCAUCAUGUACGAGCUGCUGGACCAGCACCGCAUGUUUGAGCCUGCCUGUCUGAACCAGUUCAAGAACCUCCAAGACCUGAUGAAACACUUUGAGGCUCUGGAGAAGAUCAACGCCUACAUGAAGUCCAGCAGGUUCCUCAAAACCCCUGUCAACAACAAGAUGGCCAAAUGGGGACAACAGAAAGAAUAAAAACUGUUUUUCUUUGCGAUGAUCAGUUGUGAUUUAUAGAAGCACUUUCACCGUUUGUCAAAGUUUGUUGUGAAAUAAACAUUCUGGUUUGAA